AUGGCAGUUUGGGUCAGACUCCCUGAUCUUCCAAUGGAGUAUUUUAGGUACGACACCAUUACAGCGAUCUUGGAUAACGUCGGUAAACCCCUCAAGCUGGAUAGGACGACGACGGUUGCAUCCAAAGGGAGAUUCACCAGAUCGGCGGUGGAAGUUGACCUUAAUAAACCGCUGGUCUCCGAAGUUUUGGCGAUGAACUCUGUGCAGCUAGUUGAAUAUGAAGGCUUACAUGUUGUCUACUUCAAUUGUGGCGUUGUUGGCCACCGCGAACAAUCCUGCCCUGAUAAUAAACCGACACAAACCGACACGCCGAAUAUGGAUUCGAAUGAGGCUCCAACCCCUGAAGCCGAGGGUAACCAGAACGUUGCGUCGCCAUCCCCUACAUCCCCUCUGUGGCAGGUUAAGCCUCGUUAUGAGACUUGGAUGUUGGUCACAAAGAAACUAAGACCAGUAUCUGAAGGCAAGAACCCGCGUCAACCCAGGAAGGAGGCUAAUAGCUCUGUCACUAGUGGUAAUCAAUUCGACGCUCUGGCUGACAUGCGUGAAACGGGUUCACCUCCCACAAACCGUAGUAAGGCCGACAAGAACAAGUCUAAGCCAGGCCCUAACCAUGGCACCAAAGGUAAGUCCCCUGUUCCUUCUAAUCUUCGCACGUCAUCCCCCCGCCAACUCAAGCGGUUACUAACCCGUCGCACACUGGUACCACUCAUUCCCAUAGCCAGCCUUCUAGAGGCCGUGGGGGACGUUCCAGUGCUACACGGGGAAAGGGAAGAGGCGUUGGAAGGGGUGACCGGACCGACCAGGGGUUCAAUGGCGUAG